CGCGAUCUAUAUUUUUAAUUACGCCAAAAUUAAGGGUUUUGCUUUUUCCCCUUUUUUGCUUCUCUCCAAUUUUUAUUUUCGGGAGAUUUUUUUCAGUGAAUAAAUUAAAAUUAAUUUUCCGUGUUAAUAAAUUCCGAUCUACUGUUCUGGCGAUCGAGAUCAGAGGCACCUCCGUCAUCAAUCUCCGUUCCGGUCUUUUUUUUUUUGGUUCCCGGAUACAGAUUGAUUUACUUUAGACGGUCUAUUCAUUGAGUAGACCAUGUCUCACCACCAAGAGGAUGCCGAAUAUAUGGCUGAUGAGUAUGAAAUGGAUGAUGUUGAUGAUGAUAUGGAUGAUGAGCUCCGUGUCAGGGAAGGAGGCUCAGAUUCUGAUGUUGAUGAAUAUGAUUAUUUGAAUAACCGAAUGCAAGACACCUCAGCUGCUCAAGCUAGGGAAGGAAGGGACAUACAAGGAAUUCCUUGGGAGAGGCUUAGCAUAACCAGGGAUAAGUACAGGCAAACUAGAUUACAACAGUACAAAAAUUAUGAAAACAUUCCUCAAUCCGGUGAAGGAUUAGAGAAGGAGUGCAAAAGCACUGAUAAGGGGGCUAUACAUUAUGAGUUCAGACGGAAUUCAAGAUCUGUCAAAUCGACUAUCCUGCAUUUCCAGUUGAGAAAUCUGGUGUGGGCUACAUCUAAACAUGAUGUGUACUUUAUGUCGCACUUCUCUGUUAUACACUGGUCUACCUUGACAUGCAAUAAGUCAGAAGUUCUUAAUGUUUCCGGCCAUGUGGCACCAUGUGAGAAACAUCCUGGAAGCCUGCUUGAAGGGUUUACGCAGACGCAAGUGAGCACAUUAGCCGUGAAAGAUAAUCUGUUAGUUGCUGGAGGAUUCCAGGGAGAAUUGAUUUGCAAGUUUUUGGAUAGGCCUGGUGUUAGCUUUUGUUCCCGGACGACUUAUGAUGAUAAUGCUAUUACAAAUGCGGUCGAUAUUUAUACUACACCAAGUGGUGCAGUUCAUUUCACGGCAUCAAAUAAUGAUUGUGGAGUGAGAGACUUUGAUAUGGAAAAAUUUCAAUUGUCAAGGCAUUUCCAUUAUCCAUGGCCUGUCAAUCACACUUCCUUGAGUCCUGAUGGUAAACUUUUAAUAAUCGUUGGAGACAAUAAGGAGGGUUUGUUGGUGGAUUCUAGAAGCGGAAAGGUAAUUUUUCUAUUCAGUGGAUUUCUCAAGUCCUAAUUUAAGUUGUGGGAUCGUAUCAUAGGCCGAUAUCUGUCUUGAAAUCUAAUCCUUGCAGUCAGUUGCAAACUUAAGUGGACACCGUGAUUACUCAUUUGCGUCAUCAUGGCAUCCUGAUGGCAUCAGUUUUGCUACUGGCAACCAGGACAAGACUUGUCGUAUCUGGGACAUGCGUAAUUUGUCCCAGUCAGUCAGUGCUUUGAAGGGUAACCUUGGAGCCAUUCGUUCGAUACGCUAUUCGUCUGAUGGUAGGUUCAUGGCAAUGGCAGAGCCUGCAGAUUUUGUUCAUGUUUUUGAUGUCAAAAGUGGGUAUGAGAAGGAGCAGGAAAUUGAUUUCUUUGGGGAGAUUUCUGGCAUGUCAUUUAGCCCUGAUACGGAGUCUCUUUUUGUUGGCGUUUGGGACCGUACAUAUGGUAGCCUUCUCGAGUUCGGGCGACGGCGAAAUUACUCAUACCUUGACAUGAUUAUCUGAGUUGAUUAAUGUGCUAAUCAGCUGGAUUGGUUCGUCUGGAUGUGGCCCAACUUAGAAAUCCUUGUUUAGGGGUAGAGAGUUAUGUCCUAGUUCGGGAUAGGUGUAAAUUUGGUGAUGUUUGUUUCGCUAGUGCUGUCGGGUGGUGUUACAUUUUGUGUCCGAUGGAGAAAAAUAUUGGGAGGAGGGAGUGUACAGAAAGAAAAGAAGGCCAGACCAAGAAAAGAAACCUGGUUUCAAACUGGAAAAGGGGCCAGGCUAUGAAAAUGUGUCAUAGAAAGGGAUUGUCAUGUUUCUGUCCGGUGAAACUGUAGUUCUUGUAGCUUAGGUAUUUAUACUUGUUGUAAUUGUCUUGUCUGAUCCCCAUGUAUGUCUUGUCUUUUGUACCUCUAAAAGACGAUUGUCUAAAGGACGAGGCAGUUUCUUUCUGCAUUGAAACGAAGUUCAAACCGUUGUUAUGCAGCAACGUCUCGUUUCCCUUGACUUACUGUUUUACCCUACUAUUCUUUCUUCGUUGCUAGUUGCCAGUAUUGGACAGCUUAAAAACCUUGUGGCUGUGAACAUGGAUGCUGCAAUUUAGUUGCAGGCUUGCAGCAAAUGAUAUUGGACUGUUUAUUGUGUUUGAUAAUCUGGAGGAGACUGUGAUGCUUGGUCAAGUGAUUGGUAGCCACUGGGGCUUACAACUGAUUACAUGCAUAUAAUUGAAGCCAAGUAUUGAAGGUGAUGAAAUUGCAUAGAAGUCAAAACAAUCUCAGGAAGAGAGUGCAUUAUACAGGGACCAUGUAACAAUGGGGAAGGGGGAUGUCCGAUAAUGUACUUUCUUGUAUGAGAUUCACCAAACAUGUUCAAGUAGUAUAACUCACUUUGAUGAUCACAUGAAGAUCAGAUAAAAAGUUAAAAAUAGAGGUUAACGAAUAGUAAGUAAGACCAUUGACGACUGAAAGUGCUCGAUUCUAUAUAAAAGGCACGAAAUCACCAAUUGUGUUUUUCAAGUUUCAAACCCCCGACAAGAAAGUGAAGGGAAAAAAAAUUCCGGAUAUAUUUCAGGGAUUUGAACCCGACGUGAAUCGAACACGCAACCUUCUGAUCUGGAGUCAGACGCGCUACCAUUGCGCCACGGAUCC